UCUCGGGCAGUCUCGGUCAGUCUCACUACAUAACUGGCUACGUACGAGUGAUCGCGUCUAUGCAAUUGCAAAUUUUGAAACCGAGUUUUCUGGACAUCUUAACUGCUUCAUAAAUACAUUCGGCCAAAAAGGAUCGCUCAUCGAGUCCGUGCCAUUCGCGUGGACGACGCGAGCCCAGGGCAAGCGAAUUUUAUUCCAUUAUUUGCUGAACGAACAUUCCACGGAAAUCUGAGGCGCCGCAACGAGGACUCUUUUCCAAACCCGUACGGAGACCGUUUGGCACUACGACGGAGAUUACGAAUAUGAGCUCUGGUGAUUCUUGGUCUCUUCCGGUGAAGCAGGGUCUCUACGACCCAAUCCUCGAAAAAGAUGCCUGCGGUGUUGGUUUCAUCGUGGCCAUCGAUGGAAAACGGUCGCACAAGAUUUUGCGCGAUGCGGAGAAGCUGUCUGCUCGUAUGAACCACAGAGGUGCGUGUGCAUGUGAUAAUGACACUGGUGACGGAGCUGGUGUACUUUGCGCAAUACCGCACGACUAUUACGCCGAUGAAAUUCGCGAGAAAACAGGUAUUGAAUUACCGGAAUUCGGACGUUAUGCAACGGGUAUACUUUUCCUGGAUAAGAAUACCCACAAAGAAACCGAAGCGGCGUUUGAAAAAUUGGCUCAAGAUUGCGAUUUGAGAGUAAUCCAUUGGCGUGAUGUUCCUACAGACAAUUCUCAGAUCGGCCAAGUGGCACGAAAGUGUGAGCCUUACAUGCGUCAAGUAUUCGUCACGGGAGAUCAAGACGUUGAAAUAUUGAAUAGACAAGUAUUUAUACUGCGGAAGAGGUCGACACAUACCAUAUCUCAACCAGGAUUAAGGUACUACAUUUGCUCUCUUUCGUUAAAAACCGUCGUCUACAAAGGUCAACUUACAGCGGAUCAACUAUGGUUGUAUUUCCUAGACUUGAAGUCUCCAAAAUUCGAGACCUACUUGGCACUGGUGCAUACACGCUUUUCAACAAAUACAUUUCCAAGCUGGGAAAGAGCUCAUCCGUUGCGACUGCUCGCUCACAAUGGAGAGAUAAACACUCUUCGUGGCAACGUAAACUUAAUGAAGGCCCGUGAAGGUGUAAUGAGUAGCAAGAUCUAUGGAGAUCAAUUAAAACAUUUGUAUCCCGUCGUUGAGCCAAAUCUCUCUGAUUCGGGAGCAGCGGAUUGCGUACUUGAGUUCCUGGUUAUGGCUGGCCACCGUACUCUACCCGAGGCUGUGAUGACCAUGGUACCGGAGGCUUGGCAAAACGACUUAACAAUGGCAUCGGAAAAGCGGGACUUCUAUCAUUGGGCCGCUUGCGUUAUGGAGCCAUGGGACGGACCAGCUCUGCUGACAUUCACGGAUGGGCGUUAUAUCGGUGCUAUCUUGGACAGAAAUGGCCUGCGCCCGUCGCGCUUCUACGUCACUAAGGAUAACAUGAUGGUGAUGGCGUCCGAAGUGGGCGUCUAUGAUACUCCACCCAGCAAUGUUGUCCUCAAGAGCCGUCUGAAGCCUGGACGAAUGCUCCUUGUUGAUACAGAAGAAAAACAGAUCAUCCAAGAUGUUGAGCUCAAGCUGAAAAUUGCUAGGAGCAGACCUCACUCCAAAUGGUUGAGAGAGCAGAGGAUUACCAUGGAUGAUUUACGUGCGGAGUAUGUCACUACUGAUGAUGACGAAGCAAUAAAAAAUGGACAUUCUUCCGAUGUAAUAAACAGAAAUGGGCUCAAUGGACUGGAUAAUGAGGUUUCUAAGGUACACGGAAUAUGGGGUGGGGAUAAACGUCUCUCUCUCUAUGGAUAUACCAUCGAAACUAUUAAUUUGCUGCUAUUGCCUAUGAUCCAAACAAAAAAAGAAGCCUUAGGAUCAAUGGGUAACGAUGCCCCAUUAGCAUGCUUAUCUGAAUUCCAGCCACUGAUAUAUGAGUACUUCAAGCAACUGUUUGCCCAAGUGACGAACCCUCCUAUUGAUCCCUUCAGAGAAAAGGUGGUAAUGUCACUUCUAUGCCCAAUUGGACCAGAGAGCAAUAUUUUAGAGCCAAAUGAACUUCAAGUGCAUAGGCUAUUCCUACAACAACCUAUCUUAUCUAUUCGUGAUCUUGAAAUUAUAAAACGAACAUCCCAUCGCAAUUGGAAAACAAAAGUUAUCGAUGUUACGUAUCCUGUAGAAGAGGGUCCUUCUGGACUUUUAAAGACACUCAAUCGCGUCAGCAGCGAAGCAGAUGUGGCAGCUGUGGAAGGCUAUCAAUUAAUAGUGCUGUCCGAUCGCCGGUCUGGACCGAAAAGGGUGCCGGUCAGCAUUUUAUUGGCACUGGGGGCAGUACAUCAUCAUUUAAUCGAAUCUCGCCAUCGAAUGAAAGUGGGAUUAAUCGCAGAGACUGGAGAAGCUCGUGAGGUGCAUCAUAUGUGUGUGCUCCUUAGUUACGGAGCAGAUGCUAUUUGUCCAUAUCUUGUAUUUGAAACAGCUAUGAACUUGCGAGCUGAUGGCGUUCUCGAUCAGUCAUUAACGGAUGAAAUCAUGUUCGCGAAUUAUUGUGAGGCAAUGGAACGAGGAAUAUCAAAGGUAAUGGCCAAGAUGGGUAUAUCAACACUGCAAUCAUACAAGGGUGCUCAAAUUUUUGAAGUUGUAGGAUUAGCUGAUAACGUAAUUGACAAAUGCUUCAGGGGCACCCAGUCUCGCAUCGGUGGAGUCACUUUUGACAUUUUAGCUAACGAGACGUUUGAAAGGCAUCAACUUACAUAUUUCGAUAAAGCUGUAGACAUGCUCGUGCUUCGUAAUCCAGGCGUUUUUCAUUGGAGAGCGGGUGGAGAAAAACAUAUCAAUGAUCCACUCAGCAUUGCUCAUUUGCAGGAAUCUGUUGAGUCGAGAAACAUUAACUCGUAUGAAAAUUACCGAAAAUCUACAAUGGAAUCAGUAAAAUCUUGCACAUUACGCGGUCAGCUGGAAUUGAAGAAAAAUAGCAAUCCUAUUUCCAUCGCAGAAGUGGAACCCGCUUCUGAAAUAGUAAAACGAUUUGCCACUGGUGCUAUGAGUUUUGGUAGCAUUUCGUUGGAAGCACAUACCACGUUGGCAGUUGCUAUGAACCGAAUUGGUGGCAAAUCAAAUACUGGCGAAGGAGGUGAAAAUGCAGAUAGGUAUUUGAAUCAGGAUCCAGAGUUCAAUAAACGAUCAUCUAUCAAGCAAGUGGCUAGUGGCAGAUUCGGUGUAACGUCAAGUUAUUUGGCAAAUGCGGAUGACCUUCAAAUUAAAAUGGCUCAAGGCGCAAAACCGGGUGAGGGUGGAGAAUUGCCCGGAUACAAGGUUACAGCAGACAUUGCUUCAACGCGGCACUCAGUACCAGGUGUGGGUCUUAUUUCCCCACCUCCCCAUCAUGAUAUUUACUCUAUUGAAGAUUUGGCUGAAUUGAUUUAUGAUUUAAAGUGUGCCAAUCCGAAUGCUCGCAUUUCCGUCAAAUUGGUGUCCGAAGUGGGAGUAGGUGUAGUCGCAGCGGGAGUUGCAAAGGGGAAAGGUGAACAUGUUGUUAUAUCUGGUCACGAUGGUGGAACUGGUGCGAGUAGCUGGACGGGAAUUAAAUCUGCUGGCCUUCCUUGGGAACUGGGUAUCGCCGAAACUCAUCAGGUUUUAACUCUUAAUAAUCUCCGUUCGCGAAUGGUGGUUCAAGCUGAUGGACAAAUGCGAACUGGAUUCGAUAUUAUAGUAGGUGCACUACUAGGUGCUGAUGAAUUCGGGUUUAGUACAGUUCCUCUAAUUGCAAUGGGUUGCACGAUGAUGCGAAAGUGUCAUCUAAAUACCUGUCCCGUUGGUAUCGCUACUCAGGAUCCGGAACUGCGAAAGAAAUUUACAGGAAAACCAGAACACGUGAUCAAUUUCUUCUUUAUGUUGGCUGAAGAGGUGCGUUCGCAUAUGGCGAGCCUUGGAAUUAGCAAGUUCCAGGAUCUAAUUGGUCGUACCGAUCUUCUCCAAGUGCGUACAGACAUUACUUCGGAAAAAGCCAAGCUGUUGAACCUGACAAACAUUUUACGUAAUGCCCUGGAACUAAGGCCAGGAGUUAGUAUAAAGGGUGGUUCCGUAAAGCAGGAUUUCCAACUCGAGAAUAGAUUAGACAAUAAACUCAUUGAAUUAGCUGCGCCAGUUUUGAGCGGGCAACAAAAAGGUGUCGAUCUUGAGUUAACAAUUAAUAACGAGUGCAGAGCAUUCGCAUCGACCUUGAGCUAUCACGUUUCAAAACAAUUUGGAGAAGAUGGAUUACCGGAGCACAGUAUCAAUAUAAAAAUGACUGGCUCUGCUGGUCAGAGCUUCUGUGCUUUCAUGACAAAGGGAAUUCAUGUAACAUUAGAAGGUGAUGCAAACGAUUAUGUGGGAAAGGGCCUUUGCGGAGGUGAAAUUGUGAUUUAUCCUCCAAAAGAAUCAGAGUUUAACUCCGAGGCUAAUGUAAUUGUAGGGAAUGUGUGCCUUUAUGGUGCAACUAGUGGAAACGCUUAUUUCAGAGGCAUUGCUGCCGAAAGGUUCAGCGUUCGCAAUAGUGGUGCUGUAGUGGUUGUAGAGGGUGUAGGUGAUCACGGAUGUGAGUAUAUGACCGGAGGUUGUGCCGUAAUUCUUGGGCUAACGGGAAGAAACUUUGCUGCUGGUAUGUCUGGUGGGAUAGCGUAUGUCCUUGAUGUUGAUGGAUCAUUCAAGAGCAAAUGCAAUCCUGAAAUGGUGGAGCUAUUACCUUUGAUUAAUCCUGAUGAUAUCGCGUAUGUAAAACAGUUAUUGGAAGAGUUUGUCGAGAAAACGGGAUCGCUCAUUGCUAAAGAUCUGCUAGAAAUUUGGCCGGAGCCAACAACAAGAUUUAUAAAGGUAUUCCCCUACGAGUAUCAACGAGCAAUUAAGCAACUUGAAGAAGCUAAGUUAGCGGAACCAGUUUUGAAUGGAAGUACCAAAAACGUUGACAACGCAGUAAAAGAUGUCGAGGAUGUAGUCGCAGAUGAAGAUAUGGAGAAACGGAAACUAGACAAAAUAAGGGGAUUCAUGAAAUACAAAAGAGAGACAUCGGUUUACCGACCAGUCGAAAAGAGAGUGGAUGACUGGGACGAGAUAUAUAAUUUCCAAAAAGUGAGAAAAGGACUACGCGUGCAAGCAGCAAGGUGCAUGGAGUGCGGAAUUCCGUUCUGUCAAAGCAGCCACGGUUGCCCACUUGGCAAUAUCAUUCCUAAAUGGAACGAUUUAGUAUUCCAUAAGAAUUGGAAGGAAGCCCUUAAUCAGCUGCUGCAGACCAAUAACUUCCCUGAAUUCACCGGACGAGUUUGCCCAGCACCUUGUGAAGGUGCUUGUGUUCUGGGAAUAUCAGAGCCUCCUGUUACAAUCAAAAAUAUUGAAUGUGCGAUAAUAGAUCAUGCAUUUGAGCAAGGCUGGAUCGUUCCUAAUCCACCUAAAACUCGAUCUGGAAAACGUGUAGCGGUAGUGGGAUCUGGUCCUGCUGGAUUAGCUGCUGCUCAUCAAUUGAACAAAGCUGGACACACCGUUACGGUCUUCGAAAGAAAUGAUCGAGUCGGAGGUCUGCUGCAAUAUGGCAUUCCCACUAUGAAACUGUCAAAGCAAGUCGUACAACGGAGAGUUUCUCUCCUUGCAGCUGAGGGUAUUACUUUCAAAACAGGCAUAAAUAUUGGAAAAGAUGUAACGGCUAAAGAAUUGAUACAACAAUUCGAUGCAUUGCUGUUAUGUACUGGUGCAACUUGGCCUAGAGAUUUACCUAUUUCUGGCAGACAUCUUGAAGGAAUUCAUUUUGCUGUAAGCUUCCUUGAACAUUGGCAAAAGAAACAAAUGGGGAAUAACGCACCUCUGGACAUGAAGCUUAUGGCAAAAGACAAAGAUGUUAUUAUAAUUGGUGGAGGAGACACUGGCUGUGAUUGCAUUGCUACAUCCUUACGCCAGGGUGCUAAGAGUAUUACUACGUUUGAAAUUUUACCUGUACCACCGGUGAAAAGAGCCAAAGAUAAUCCUUGGCCUCAGUUUCCACGUGUCUUUAAGGUCGAUUAUGGCCAUGAAGAAGUUUCUCUUAAAUUUGGACGUGAUCCACGCCAAUUUAGCACUCUUAGCAAGGAAUUUUUGGACGAUGGAAAAGGGAAUGUGAGUGGUAUUAGGACAGUGAGUGUUGAAUGGACCAAAGAUGAAUCUGGACGUUGGAAAAUGGAUGAAGUACCUGACUCUGAGAAGAUAUACAAGUGUGACUUAGUAUUACUCGCUAUGGGUUUCUUGGGUCCCGAGAAGUAUAUUGCAUCCGAAUUGGAAAUGAAAUUGGACAGCCGCGGAAAUUACGAAACUCCUAUUCACAAAUAUUCGACAAACUUACCUGGAGUUUUUGCUGCUGGAGAUUGCAGAAGAGGGCAGUCAUUGGUAGUAUGGGCAAUUACCGAGGGAAGACAAGCCGCUAGAGAAGUCGAUAUUUUUUUGAUGAAUGAGACUACUUUGCCAGGUCCUGCAGGUGUUAUACUGCCUGCAAUUACUGUCAAGCAUUAAGAUCUUUCACUUAAAUGGAAGACUGUGCUAAACAUCACUAAGGUUUUUCCUUGGAACGGUAUAAACAUUCGAAUGGCUAGCAUUUCUAUGCUGAGAGUAUUGUAAAAAAUAGACAGAAUCAAAUGAAAUCAAUAGAAAUAACCGGUAAUAUUUGUAGGGUCACAAUAGAGAGUGUAACAUUUUGAAAUUAACAAAAAAUAGUUUUUUUUUAACCUAGGUGCAAAGUAAACCAAAAUAAGCAGAGAUAUUAGAAAUCUAUGUCUAUUGAAGUCAUAAAUGAUGAUAUGAUUAAAAUAAUCUAUCGUAGCUUCGUUUCAAAUUGGAAAACACUAGUUUCUAGAAUAUACGUAGAUUCCUACAAUGUUAUACGACCUGAGGUGUUUAGUGAUGAAUCAAUCGUACGAUAAUUAUUAUUGUUGUAGAUUUUGGCGUCUUGAAACAAUUACUUAAAAUUCUUAAAGAAAAAUGUACUUUAAAUAUUCAAAAUUUGUCUUGUGAUUAUGGAAACAAAUUUUUCAGUUUUACAAAAAUAUCCCUUUUUUUUUUACAAAAUACUUGUGUUACAAACCAAUUAGAUUCAUUUAUAUUUUAUUCUCGUGUUAUAUAUUUUCAAAGCUAAACGAAAUUACGUCAUGAGUAAUAAAACACGCAUACAAUCGGUUGUAACGAUUCAGUUGAACACCAAAGGCCUCAUAUAAAAGUAAGGUGAUUAUCUGAAGAUAUACACAUAAAUAUUAUUUUAGCUGCUGCAAAUAUCGUUAACAGUUGCAAAUAAAUUUAUUAU